GAUGGAGGACUCGGACUCGGCCGCGAAGCAGCUGGGCUUGGCCGAGGCGGCGGCGGUGGCUGCGGCGGCUGCAGUGGCUGCAGCGGCGGCAGCUGCCGCUGCUGCAGAAGGCUCGGAACAGCAGCAGCACCAACAGCGUGUAGAGGCGGCAGGCUCGGAGGUGGGGCCGGAAGAGGAGGUGACGGCGGUGACUGUCAUGGCGGCAGGUGCCGAACACAUCGAGAUGGGGACCGAGUCCCUGCCGAGCGCAGACGAGGCCGCCGCUGCCGCCUUCGCAGAAGUGACCACCGUAACGGUAGCCAAUGUGGGUGCCUCUGCAGACAACGUAUUCACCACUUCAGUGGCAAAUGCAGCAUCCAUUUCAGGACAUGUACUGUCUGGAAGAACAGCUCUUCAAAUUGGAGACAGUUUGAAUGCUGAGAAAGCUACUCUGAUUGUGGUUCACACAGAUGGCAGCAUUGUAGAGACUGCAGGCCUCAAGGGGCCAUCUGCUCCUCUCACACCAGGACCUCAGUCUCCUCCUACUCCUUUAACGCCUGGCCAAGAAAAAGGUGGAACAAAAUAUAACUGGGACCCCUCAGUGUAUGACAAUGAACUGCCUGUACGAUGCCGAAAUAUCAGUGGUAUCUUGUACAAAAACCGGCUUGGCUCAGGUGGUCGAGGACGGUGCAUUAAACAAGGGGAGAGCUGGUACAGUCCCACUGAAUUUGAAGCCAUGGCAGGAAGAGCCAGCAGCAAGGACUGGAAAAGAAGCAUCCGUUAUGCAGGGAGGCCAUUGCAGUGCCUUAUUCAUGAUGGGAUAUUAAAUCCUCAUGCUGCCUCGUGCACUUGUGCUGCUUGUUGCGAUGAUAUGAGCUUGAGUGGUCCCGUAAGGCUCUUUGUGCCUUAUAAAAGACGGAAAAAAGAAAACGAAUUGCCUGCAACUCCAACGAAGAAGGAUUCUCCGAAAAAUAUCACCUUGCUUCCUGCAACUGGUGCUACUACCUUCACCGUGACUCCUUCAGGGCAGAUCACUACCUCAGGCACUCUAACCUUUGACCGUACUUCGACUGUUGAGGCCACAGCAAUUAUCUCCGAAAGUCCAUCCCAGGGUGAUGUUUUUACUGGAGCCACUGGAGUCCUGAUUCUGUUCUGUUUGCUGUUGCUUUCUCACCCAGUAGUACAAGACACAAACAUUCAGCAACCAUGCCGGGUCAGUCAUCCGGAGCCUCACUACCCAAGUUAUCAGGACAAUUGUCAGAUCUCCACUUUCCCAGAAGCAGCACUGCCAACUUCACAUCCCAAAAUUGUAUUGACCUCACUUCCAGCCUUGGCUGUGCCACCCAGUACGCCCACCAAAACAAUAUCUUCUUCCAUGGUGAAUGGACUAGAAAUGACAGAGCAACGAAGUUGGGUAUACCUUGAGGAGAUGGUCAAUUCACUCCUCAGCACAGCUCAGCAGCUGAAGAAUCUCAUUGAACAAGCUAAGCAGGCCAGCUCCUCAUACAGAGAAGCCGUUGUCACUCAAGCAAAAAUUCAAGCAGAUGUGGAGAGGAAAGAGCAAUAUCAGAACCAGUUAUUUCAACAAACAGAAGAUGUAGAUGGAAAAACAGAAAUCAUCAUUAAGCAAUCCUGCGUAAACUGUGGUCGUGACGCUAUGAAUGAAUGCACUGGCUGCCAUAAAGUCAAUUAUUGCUCAACUUUUUGUCAACGGAAGGAUUGGAAAGAUCACCAACAUAUGUGUGGUCAAUCUACUACAGUGACGGUUCAAACAGAAGAGGUUCAUGUUACGGACAAUGUGAUGGAGAAAGUUGCUGUCUGAAAGGCCCUACCUUUCCCAGCUGUGUGUCUGUGUGUGUGUUUGUGCGUGCAUGUAUGUUAACAGACUGGCUGGACCAGCUAUCCUACUGUGAAUUUAUAUAAAUCAAAAGACCAAGCUCAUUCAUCAAGAUCCCAUUUGUGAAAUGGUUUCCAUGUUGCUGGCCAGCAAAAACUCUUCUUUCACCCUGCAGAAACUGAAAAGACAUUGAAAUGAGAAUGUUAAGUGAUUCGACUUAUGUUAAAGCCACUGUGAACCAACUUCACAGGACUGUGUACAGCUUGUUUUCAAAGCUAUUUGGUGGUUUAAAUGUCUGCAUCCUAUAGCCCUGCUGGACGCUGGUUCGUCUUUGAAGUGACUGUUAAAGGUUUUUUAAAGCUGCUGUUAAGAAAUGCUUUCUUUUGAGUGUCCUCCAAAGUAAUUGCGUCAAUUUUGCUCUCCCAUGCUGACCUACCUCUUAUUUUAAAAAAUAUGUAAUAUCCUAAUCUUUCAGUGGAUUUAGUUUACUUUUAAAUAGUGCUUGGUUAUAUUUGGGAUUCUGUUGCUGGCCAUAGAUUUGCCUGUUGUGUUAUUUGGGAAGUUUCACUGUGGAGGACAAAAUUCUGAUAUACUUGAAAUUCUGCAUGGUUAUGAGUCAUGUCGAGCCAAGUACAAUGCAAUUGUGAAACUUCUUGUAAUGUUUGUUCCAAGGGCAAAUACCAAUCUGGAUUAUUUAGGGGUAUCUAAACAGGAGAGUUUGGCUUAGCUACCUCCACCUCUGAUGAGGUACAUCUUACAAGGUACGGCUUACCUUGUAUGUUCACUGCCUUCCUUUCUCCUGGUGGACAGGUGAGAGUGCAUUGUGUGACAUGAGGAUUACCUCCUUGCCAAACCUCUUUUGCAGGCACAGGGCUGAAUAGGGGCACUCCAAGGGAGGGAUAUUAAUUCUGAUCCAGAUAUGCUAGCACAAACAGGCGGCAAGAUGCCUCAGUUUUCCCUGUUACCCCACUUUUUGUGCUCCGGCUACAUGCAGCUGUUCAGAUGGUUUCUACAAGUUCCAUGUUUAACAGUGCGGGCAAUAAUAGUUUUGAUGAAAGCAGCGCUUAAAUAAGAUUCUCCAAGGCUGAAAGAGAAUCAGUACUGGUUUCCCCAGUGGAAACAGGAUCCUUUCACUUCCACCGCACAACGCACAACUGCACUGUACAACACAGAGGAGCCAACGGUCAGUGUUAUGACAUGAGUAACUCCGAUGUGGUUGUGUCUUCUUGUAUUUUUGAUUCUACUAGAUCUUCCUUUAUUCCGUAAAUGAAAUGGUAAAAUGUU